AUGCCUAAACCAAAGUCUUAUUUGAGAGAGCCGAAGCUGAAGAAGAAAGCGGCGGUCCAGAAGGGCCCGGAGACAGCCGAUGAGUAUUUAGCCGUCGGCGUCGAACAGGAAGAAGCAGGCGAGAAAUGGCGCGCCGGCGACGCCGCCAAAUCCAUGCGCUUCUUCAUGCGCGCCAUCGCUACCUACGACGAGGGCUUGAAAAAGCACCCCGAUGCUUUUGAUCUCGCGUACAACAAAGCCCGCGUCCAAUAUGAAAUCACCCAACACCCCAAACUCGCCUCCCAGCUGCCUGCUCCCUUGGUCGACAUCCUCAACAUCACCCUCAAGUCCCACCGCGACGCCCUAACCAUGGAGCAAGACAACGCAGACACCCUGUUCAACACCGCCCAGGUUCUGACCAGUCUGGCCGAGGCCAUCACCGAUACCAAGCAUCCCUCCGGGGACCGGCUUUCCCAGGCGGCCAAUUUCCUGCAGGAGGCUGUCGAGCUGUUCCAGCGGUGUCUGCUGCUGCAGGAGAUGCGGUAUACCGAGAUGCAGGAGCAUAUCAAGCAGAUCCAGUCCGGUGAGAUGGACGUCCCGGAGCAGCAGUCGCAAUCGAACGUCGAGCCCGCAGGCGAGGACAAGCCCUCCGAAGAACCGGAACAGGAGCAGUGGGCCGCCAUCGUGGAGCCCAUCACCAAGGAUACCCUAGUCGACACCGCCGUGGCGCAGCUGGACACGCUGACAGCGCUCUGCAAUCUGCUGACCUUCGAUCCCGGCGUCGGGCUGGCCUGGGUCGAAGAGUACUCAUCCGAUUCGCUCCAGGAGAAGAUCACAGCCUACGUCGCGGACUCGAACAGACAGUACGAGGCGUACCUGGCCCGGGCCAAAUUCGCCUGCGCCCUGAACGAAGUCCUCUACCGCGGCGAGAGGAUCGACGUCGAAACGUACUCCCAGGUAAUCAGCCGCGCGUACGGUCCCGACUUGGAUAUCUCGUCCGACCCCGACGGUCUCUGCAGCAAGGCGGAUGCGCUCUUGGCAUUCAACACCGCAGUUGGCGACUUGCCGCCGUCCCAAGGGCCUGACGCUUUUGCGAAUGCUUUGACUCUGCGAUGGGAAGCACUCUCGGCAGCCUUGGACAGCCUGACCAAAGCCACCAAGCUUCCCAGCGCCGAGAACCUGCCCAAGAUCCACCUAGCCAGGGGCGACGGGGAGAUGAACCGAUGGAAGCUCGGCAUGUCGCCGUGGGAGUACCCAACCGCCCAGCAGAAUGGCGCCGUCCUUCUCCGGAAUGCCCAGACGUACUACCGCGGCGCGGCCGCUCUCGCCCGCAGGGACGGAGCCACAGACGAGGAACGAGACGCGACAUGCAAGGAGGCUAUUGCGGCUGCGUUGGGCGGUGAAAAAGAGAAAUUGGCCAAUCUCAAGGCUACAGCUCCCAAGGAGCUGUUGGCGGUGGCCGAAGACGUGGUGGAAGACGGAUGGAUACCCCCGGCAGAUAUGGAAGCCUUGUUGUUGUAA